CUGCAAAAAUCGCUUGGCGUCGCCAUUUUCGCCAAUCAGUGUAUUAAUAUUAGCACGUGGAGAUGAUUGCGCCUCUUCAAAUUGCUUGGCAAACCGUCCGCUCAGGAGCUUUAAUGAAGGUUCGCCCACUAAAGUAAAAUAUCAUCCCCUUAAUACUUGUUCUGCAAACUUUAUCAUGGAUGAGUACGUUCAUGUCAUCGUGAAAUGGGUUGAGGCGUCAGUCAAGGCCUCACCCUACAUCUGGAGUACAGCUGGUCUGACCUUUCUUCUCGGCGUGCAAGUACUCUUGGCAGUAGCCAUUCUUCAUGGCGAUGAAGCCACGGUUCGGAGACAAUUGACCUCUCUACAACGAAUUGGUAGCGGCAAUGAUGCGGCGUCGGAUAAGAAUCUGGAGGCAGAUGAUAGCGAAAAGAAGAAGGCCCGUGGCGGAUCAGAAGAGCAGGUCGUCGAACUUUCUCUCAUCGCUUCAUGCGCAACUAUCCAGGCCAACUCGAAUCAGAAUCUUGACGACCAAGAUAAAUACAACAACUGUUACACGUUUGCCGUCGACUCUCACCAAGCAGAUGACCAGGGUUUCGCAAUCUGGAAAUCUCUGGAUCAGCAAACGAAACCCGCAUUAUCACAAAUCAAGACCGAAUUAUGGCUCCCAAAACCCAAUGCCGACACCAGCGAUCCUUUGGUACAGGCCGGUGGCUGCAUUGUCAUGUCAUUCGCUGAUCCUGCGGUACCGGGUUGGCUGGAUCAGAUCGCUGGAAUAAUUGGCAAAAGUUUGAAGACGCCUCAAGUUGCUUGCAUCCUGCCACUGCAAUUUUCGCUGGAGGAUAUUGAGCAGAACAAGCUCAGCAUGAGACCAUUCAAGAUUGAUGGAGAGGAUGGGAGGGGCUUGGACCUGGAGAAGUUCCCUGCAUUUUCGGAUAUUAUACCAAAGCUGAGGCUUUUCCUUGGGUAUCCUGAGCAGCAAGGCAUCACGAUCUUCAAGCGAGCAUAGAAUGACAUGAGGUAGUAGAAAGGGGAAACCACUGUAUACUAUGACAGAAUAC